AUUCAUUUCCUUGCUGCUUGGAUUUUCAGGUGUCUGUGCGCAUUUCCAGCAGACAUCAUGUCUAAUUCGGUGUUUUCCGUCAUAUCGCGUUUUGUAGAGGAAUACAGAAGCAGCACGCUGACUAAGCUGAAGGUCAUCGACGCGUAUCUGCUGUAUAUUUUGCUGACCGGAGUCUUCCAGUUCUUGUACUGUCUGCUGGUGGGAACCUUCCCCUUCAACAGCUUCUUAUCUGGCUUCAUUUCAUGUGUGGGGUCCUUCAUACUGGCUGUGUGUCUUCGCAUCCAGAUCAACCCUCAGAAUAAAGGAGAUUUCCUCACGGUCUCUCCUGAAAGAGCGUUCGCUGAUUUCCUUUUUGCUCACACUGUUCUCCAUCUAGUGGUGGUCAAUUUUGUGGGCUGAAUGAGACUCUCUGCUCUGCGGUCCCUACAGCUGAAAUGAAGACCAAACGCUUCAGCUCAAGAACAGAUCAACUACAAACACAACAGCCUGCGCUUCUCUCAAUGUUAAUGUAUAUGCUUUGACAGAAUUGUCAGCUAUGAGUUCCUGUCUUCAUCCUUAAUUUUUCUACUUUUGUAAAACUUACUGAGAGUUAUGGAAACAAAAUAAAUGCCUUGAAAACACA